CCCCAUUCUCACAAACUAAGUGUUGCAAUUCCAAAACAAAAUCCCUAACUUCCUCUUUCUUCAAUUCAAUUCAAUGGCGCCUCCCAAACUCACCGACUAUGAACGCGAACGACUCGAAAACAUUCGCCGCAACAAUGAAAUGAUGGCCAAACUCAAAGUCCAUUCCAAAGUUUCCGAACUCUCCAACCGUCCCAAGGUCGUUACUAAAUCGUACAGUGUGAAAUCGGAGAAAAAACCUAAAACGGAAACCCCUGUAGUCAUCAGACGCUCACUUCGAACAAGAGGUAUUCCACCCGAUUCCAAGGGUUUAGAUUUAGAUGCUACUUCAGAUUCCAACCUUCUCAUUCGCAAUUCCCCCCAAAAAAGUGAUUCUUUGGUUCAAACUUUGGGUCCUAUUCCCAUGAAAGAUGCUUAUAGAGGCGCCGAUUCUGACCGAUCUUUCAUUGAAUCAUUGGUUGAUGUGUCCAACAAGGAUUUUUCAGAAGAAAAACUCAAUGGGAGUGUAAAAAAGAGGAAAAUUGAGUGUUCCCUUAAGUUGGAAUCUAUGUCGUUGGAUCCUGAAAAUAUAGCGCGUAUUGUUCCUGGAAGGAUAACUCAAAUGAAGUUUUUUCCCUCCAAUGAUAGGAAAAUGGUUGUAGCGGGUAACAAAUUUGGGGAUAUUGGGUUCUGGAAUGUUGGAGAAAACGAUGUUUUUUUAUACCAUCCACAUCAGGCUCCCAUUUCUGGGAUAUUGGUUCAACCUCAUUGCUUGUCAAAGAUAUACACAAGUUGUUAUGACGGACUUGUUCGGUUGAUGGAUGUUGAGAAGGAAAUAUUUGAUAUGGUCUAUAAUAGUGAUAAUUGCAUAUAUGCUCUCUCACAGCCAAAGAAUGAAGCAAACUGUUUAUAUUUUGCUGAGGGUUCUGGGGGUUUGACUGUUUGGGAUAACAGAAUAGGAAAAUGUUCAUCCAACUUGGAUUUGCAUGAAACUAGGAUUAAUACAAUAGAUUUCAACCCUCAAAGCUCUCAAAUUGUAGCUACCAGUUCCUCUGAUGGUACUGCCUGUACUUGGGAUUUGAGAUGUAUUGGUGAGUCUAAGCUCACAGCCUUGAGGACAUUUGCACGCAAAAGAUCUGUGCAAUCUGCAUAUUUCUCUCCUUCUGGAUGUAGCCUUGCCACUACAAGCAUGGACAACACAAUUGGUAUAUACAGUGGAGUUCACUUGGAGGAUGAGACUUCUGUUUAUCAUGACAAUCAGACUGGCAGAUGGAUUUCAACUUUCAGAGCAAUAUGGGGUUGGGAUGACUCAUACCUCUUCGUUGGGAAUAUGAAAAGAGGAGUUGAUGUCGUCUCGACAGUUCAAAGGGCGACAGUAAUGACUCUACAGAGCCCACACAUAUCUGCAAUUCCAUGUAGAUUUGAUGCUCACUCUUCUGAGGUUGGGAUGCUAGCAGGUGCUACAAGUGGAGGCCAGGUCUAUAUUUGGACAUCAAGCUAAGAUUUUCAUUCUAUAUGCACUUCAGUUGGGUGCAAAAACUUGUACCAUUUUUGGGGGCUUAUUUUGAGGCCUUUUUGUGUACACUAGCAUCUAUAUCCCAAGUUGUCAACUAUGUAAGUGUCUGCUGGAUAUGGUGAUUGUGAGGGUGGCUAAGUGUCACACCACCAGCCGUUAAUGAUCACUAAUUAAUGUUAUUUUAUUUGUUUUUAUA